UCGUCACAGCCUCACACAGUCACACAGGAGAUCAAGGGUGCGGCCGUACCCCUCGGUGCCGGGAGGAGCCGUAGCAGGAGACGCCGGAAUCUCCUGCUAACUGUGGCGUAGCUCUGUCUGUCCGUCUGUCCCCACAGGUUCCAUCUCUGCGCCGGCCGCCAUGGCGUCUCCCGUUGCUCUUGCUCUGAUUUCUCUCCUGGUGCUCGCCGUCUCGUGGAUAUGGGAGUACGUCGUCGUGCGCCUCAUAUGGAGGCCUUAUGCCAUAGCCAAGAUGCUCAGGAUGCAAGGUAUCCAUGGCCCCCCUUACAAGUUCUUGAAAGGCUCCAACGAGGAGGAGAAGAGGCUGAAGGAGGAGGCAGCUGGUCUGGUGCUCGAUGUUCGCGACCACAACUUCCUUCCCAGGAUCGCGCCCCACUACCUCAAGUGGAGAGCUCAGUAUGGAGAGCCAUUUGUGUACUGGUCUGGCCCAAAGCCUCGGAUCUGCAUCUUCGACUACGAGGUUGCCAGACAGAUUCUCUCGAGCAAGUCUGGACACUUUGUAAAGAAUGAUGCGCACCCAAUCAUCUUGGAGUUGCUCGGCAAGGGAUUGGUAUUGGUGGACGGCGUAGAUUGGGUACGCCAUCGCAGGGUGAUCAACCCUGCUUUUGCCAUGGAUAAGAUAAAGAUGAUGACACAAACAAUGGUGUCUUGUGCUCAGAGCAUGGUCAAGGAGUUGGAAGACCAAGCAUCCAUGAACAAAAAUAGAGAAGUCGAAGUAGAUUUCGACAAACCCCUCCAAGUGUUAACAGCAGAUAUCAUAUCCCAUACAGCCUUUGGAAGUAGCUACAAGUUAGGGAUGGAAGCCUUCCAUGCGCAGAAGGAGCUCCAGGCAAUGGCCAUGGCCAGUAUACUCAGUUUGCAGAUACCAGGAUUCAGCUAUCUGCCCACAAAAAGGAAUAGGCGCAAGUGGAUGCUUGAAAAGAAGCUUAAAAGCACCCUCAUGCAUGUCAUAAACUCACGAUUAGCGUCACAAGGGAGCGGAUAUGGAAAUGAUCUGCUUGGUUUAAUGCUUGAGGCUUGCGCUGCAACGGACAAAGAGGGGGAGGAAGAGCAGCUCACUUUGACCAUGGAUGAGACCAUACACGAGUGCAAGACGUUCUUCUUCGCGGGUUAUGAAACUACAUCGAUUCUGCUUACCUGGACAGUGUUCUUGCUUAGUGUGUAUCCAGAGUGGCAGGAGAGGCUGCGGAAGGAGGUCUUCAGGGAAGUUGGAAAGGAUAGCCCCACUGGUGAUAACCUUAACAAAUUUAAAGAGAUGACAAUGGUCCUCCUUGAAACCUUGAGGCUCUAUGGCCCUGCUCUUUUCAUGCAAAGGAAGCCUAUAACUGAUAUGACAGUGGGAGAACUAAGAAUACCCAAAGACUAUGCAAUUUACAUAGCUUCCCCAUUUAUGCACAGAGAUAAGAAGAUCUGGGGUGAGGAUGCAGAUAAAUUCAACCCGUUAAGAUUUGAAAAUGGGGCCACCAGAGCAGCAAAGGUUCCACAUGCCCUACUAGCAUUCUCAAUAGGGCCGAGGGCAUGCAUCGGUCAGAACUUUGCAAUGUUGGAAGCCAAAUCAGUAAUGGCUAUGGUUCUACAGAAGUUCUCAUUUGCUCUUUCCCCAAGCUAUGUGCAUGCUCCUGUGGAUUUAUUUACCCUGCAGCCUAAGUUUGGUCUCCCUGUUGUUCUGAAGCUAUUGGAUGUAUGAAAUCCGACUAUUGUAAAUGCUGUAAUAUAUAAUUUCAGAAACUUCCAGCAUGGGCUGGCUAUGAUGUACGCAGCGCAUAUAUCAUUUACGUUGGAGUAUAUAUAUAUUGGUACUGUAUACACUACUCCAGGUCCAGUAUAGUUGCCAUUUUAGCAAA